AAAGAUAUUAUUUUUAUGAAUGAGGAGGAUUGUUUGAGUAUCAGCUUGCAAUGCAACAUUGACCUUGACACACAGUUGCACACCCAGUUGCACUCUCACUCUCCUUCAAUCAGUGGCGCUCUGCAUGGUUGGCUGGCAUAUUUCCAGCCAUAUUUGCUUGCCUUGGGAGGGGGGAGAAAGAUGGCAUCGGGGGGGAGCAGCGUGACGCAAUGGCGGCUGAUGACGAUGCUCCGCGACUACUUCACACGCACCACCCCCUCCCUCGGUACCAUACAGAAGGAGUUGCCCGAGAUUGUGCGCAACCCUUUCCAGGCCUUUUCGAGCUCACAGGAGGUGAAGGCAGAAGGCGAGUCGGAGGUCAAGAAAAUCUCCGUUGUAACAAAACCAAGUGAAACUGCAGAAGAGAGACAGAGCGAGUUCCAAAAGGCCAUGAAGACCGUGAACGCCUACAUUCCGCUCUAUUUCUCGCAAGUGAAACUGAAUUUCUCCAAGAGUGACGAAUCACAAAGCAGUGAAAAGAAUUUGCCAAAAUGGAGAGUGAAGAAAGAUAAGAUUUCAAAGGCCAGCAUCGAUGCAAGGACUAGAUACCUCGUGAGGGGUCUAGGAGACCACCUGACAGAGGGUGGGAGACUAAGAAAGCUGGAGGACCUCUGCGUCCAUCUCAGACAACACCCUGACGCCAAAGGAGUUGCAGUCAAGAAUGGAGGCAUAAGACGGUUGCUCCGGAUUUUGACCAAGACGAACGACCGCUAUGUGGAGUACGAAGCACGAGAAGCUUUGGCAUUGCUCGGCCACACCUUCCCAGUCAAAGGGCAUGGCAUCCGGCUUUUGACAAUCGAUGGCGGUGGCGUCAGAGGUUUGGUUGCUUUGGAAAUCCUGAAGAAAAUUGAAGAGGAAGCCGGCCAGCCAAUUUACGAGUUGUUCGAUUAUGUGUGCGGUGUAUCGACAGGAGCCAUUUUAGCGGUUUUAUUAGGCGUCCACCGGUCUUCCUUAGACGAUUGUGAAAAAUUGUACCGUAGGCUAAGCACGCAGAUCUUCACUCAGACUACCUUAAAGGGGGCUACAGGUCUCUUCAUGAAAAACUCGUACUACGACUCUGAUGCAUGGACGGAGAUCCUCAAAGAAAACAUGGGAGAGAUGUCACUCAUUGAAACUGCAAGAAAUGUCGAUACCCCAAAGAUGUGUCUUGUUGCUACUUCGGCCAACACCAACAGAAUCCAGGCCCAUCUCUUCCGCAACUACAAUCUGCCGUAUAGGGUCACCGGCCACUACCAGGGAAGCUCUCUGCCAAAGCUGUGGGAAGCCGUGAGGGCCUCGGCUGCUGCACCAGGCUAUUUCUCCGAGUAUAGCAUCGGCGAUCUCAUUCUGCUGGAUGGCGGCUUAUUUGUCAACAAUCCCACGGCGAUCGCACUCCACGAAGCAAAGCAGCUGUGGCCGGAGGCGAACCUGCAGUGCGUGCUCUCCGUGGGCACCGGCCGCCACGAGCCCAUUGCCACCACCAGCGAGUCUUCCAUCAACUGGGGCACAAGAAUACGCACAAUCCUCAACAGUGCCACCGACACAGAAGGUGUUCACACAACCAUGCACGACCUCCUACCAGGCAACGUGUACUUCCGCUUCAAUCCAUACCUCAGUGAUGAAAUCGGUCUGGAUGAGAUUGCAGCCGACCGUUUGGCCAUGAUGAUGGAGGACACGUCUCUGUACCUGCGCAAGAACGAGGCCAAGAUACAGGAGGCCGUCCGCGCACUCGUGAAAAACAAGAAUCCUCUGGACCGUGCGAAAGACUGGUAUCAACAGCAGAGUCUUUUAUGGCCUGUAUAUUAGGGUUUUUUCUUUUCUUUUCUUUUCUCUUCUUCCUUUCCUUUCUUUUCUUUCUUUUAUUUCUUUCUAGUUUAAAGAAAGUGCACAAGUCUUUUGGUCUUGACUUGUGUCUUAGACUGUCUCGGUCUGUUAUUUCGUUAAUGAGAUUAUAUCAGGAUAGUCUUAUAUGUAACAGAUUAUUGGUUUGAAUCUUUGGAUAUCAAGAUAGUCAUACAGUCAGACUUCUUGUAUUUGAAGCAGUGAAGCACAGACUAACAAGUAUUUACAUUACUGGUAUUCAUUUUACAUUAUUAUAUUGUGAAAAUGGACAUGCUGAUUCACUCGAAAAUUUACAAGUUUACAACCAUUCAUUUGAUUCCUUUUCUUGCAAGUUCAUUUCGUGUGCCUGUCGCACACUCCAAUCUCUUUUCUUCAUUACCAUUAUCCUCAGGAAACUAAUCACAGAUUAUUUUUAUAUAUUUUAUAGGUGCUAAUAUUAUUUAAUAGAUGUUAGGUUAAUUUAUGUCAGAUAGCAGAAAAGUGUCCUGUCAAGUAUGACUUCUCUACUAGUUGUUCUGAAUAUUAUGAUAGUAGUUUUUUUUAGCUUUAUAUAUAUGUAUGUAUUGUAUUGUUUUUGUUUUUUUUUAUAUAGUAUUUAGACAUUUUAUCUCCAGAGUUAUAUUGGUUGCCUAAGUAGGCAGAGUGUAUACAAACCUUUUUUUUUUUUUGUCUUAACAUUUUCAUAUUUUAUCAAGAAAUCACUGUUCCUAAUUUUGUGAUCCCUCUCAUUUGAUGAAAGGGAACAAUUAAGUUUAUAAAUAGCAUGAUGGAAAUUCUAAUUCCAAUGUCGCCUUUGAGAGCUGAAACAGCCUUAAAAUCCACCUUUGAUGUGUCUUUAGCAGUUACCGAGACCCUUGUAAAGAGUCCCUUCUAUGAUUGGCAAAUUUUAACUGUUAAUAUAUGAGUAAAUAUAUAUAUAUGUAUGUUUAUAGGGUAUGUAUUUGAUGUAGUUAGAAUUUAUAUAACGAUUUCUUACGCAUAUAACUUCAAAGAGAUAGAUUUACUAAAGAAAAAAAAAUUUAGAAUGGUAUGGUAUGA